AUGGAGAAGCGCAGGCGACGGCGCUUUGGCGAGGCGACGCCCCUGCGAUCGGUGGAGGGGAACGGGCGGGCGAGACGAGGUUGGCAUCCACAAAGAAGGUUUCCCUUUGCGUCCACCACGGGUUCUACGGGUUCUACUCCUGAAGCGGGUAGUGUGCCACGGCUUGCUCUCUGCCUGUCCUCUCAACGAACGCUGCGGUCCUGCAUUGUCUUUGUAGUCCUCUCCUGUUUCGCGACUUCCCACCUAACGGCUUCUCCACGUUCCUCCCAGCCGACUAACGAGGGCUAUGUCCCCGCGACGCAACGCUUUGCCGUCGUGGCAGGGGCGCUUGCGGAGGCGCGCAGCUCUUCCUCGUCCCUCUCUGUCGGCGUGCAGCCGCCUACUCUGUCCUUCUUUGGCAGCGACGACGGUCCCCUGGGGGGAGCUCUGAGCGCGUUGUUUCCGCAACCGAAAGAAGGCGACUCGCGCGCCGACGAGGGUCAACGUAGACGUGGGCCCUUGAGCGACUCGGUCCUCGCGGCUGAGGACGGCGCCGCCUUUCUGGGCGUUGCGGCCAGCGCAAGCGGAGAGAAAAACCGACAGUCGUGGUUUCCUCUGUCCCCCGAAAGCCCCAAGACGGAGCGGCGUUCCGCCUCGACGCCGGGCGUGCGCACACAUCUUCGGCAAACCCCCUCCGCCAUGGCCCUCCCUGCAGCUGCACUCGGCGUCCACAACGAGGCGUGGCCCGGUCAAUCGGCGUCCUCCGCGCACCCGGCGAGCGCCGCGUCGGGGGAUGUUCCCGUCCAGAUCCCAGCGACUUCUCUCCUGAGCGCGCCGCCGUUCGAGGCCCCGGUCCAACCGCAUGCGUCGUGGGUGCAAGUUCAAGAAGGCGUAAAGGGGAUCGGAACGAUGCUCGCAGGCGCGGGAAUCAACACUCUGUUGGGCGGCGUCAGCCAGUACCAAAUGGGGCCGUUUGCCCCUGCCACGCCCACCUCGCCAGGGAUCAUGCCGGGCGCCGCCGCCGCGCCCAUGGCGGCGGCGCCGGGGGCUGCAGUCGCGGCGCCGGCUGCUGGAGUGUUGCCGCAAGUUACUCCUGGAGUCACGACGCUUGCAGCGCCUGCCGUGCUUCCUCAAGGCGUCGCCACGCCACAGGACUCGUCGGAGCAGAACGUUGUAGCGAUUUCUCUCGGAGUGGUUGGCGGCCUCGUCGCUCUAUGCAUCGUUGGAGGCUGCGUGUACACGUCUACAAAGAAGAAGAGGCGAUGA